AAAUCAAAAUAGCUGCGCUAUGAAAAUAUUAUGUGAAGUGCAGGUUCUAAACCGCACAACGCAAGCAAAUCGCACGCCUCGUCCUGUCAAAUCCACUCUGGCCAUUGGCUACAAGCAAAGCGCGCGUGAUUCCAACGGGAAUAACAAAAAGGAAUUGGAAAUGGUGCUAUUUACGCCACAGGCAAAAGCCGGCACACGAUAUAAGGUGCUUGACAAUAUACACUGUGUGCACACCAAAUUUGUGCUAGAUGGCAAGGCGACCAUUGGCUUCAAGCAGCCAGCAGAGAAUCUGCUCAUCAAAUGUGAUCCCAUACAGCUGAAGGGCUUCCUGCAAACCCUCAAGCUAGGCAUGGAGGGCAAAGAUGCCAUCAAUCUGAGACUGAACAUUGCCAACACAACGGCCAUACCGCAGAAAUCCCAGCCGCAGCUGCGCAUGACAAUUAACAAACGUAGCGAGUAUCCCAUCAAAGGUUUUCCGCGUACCCUCAAAUCGCUGACCAUCAAAAAUAUUCAAUUGGUGAAGCUGAGCUUCGAGAUCUGCACGCUCCGCAAUCUAACAACGCUCGAUAUCAGCGGCAACAAGCUAACCAAGAUACCCAAGGAAUUGGGUCGCCUCUCAUUGACCACGCUGCACUUGAGCAAUAAUGCCCUGGGCGAGCUGAAUGAUUGGUGCUGGCUGCGUGGCAGCAACCUGCGUGCGUCUCUCUGUGAGCUCGAUUUGUCGGACAACGGACUGAAAUACUUUCCGCCAGAUCUGGUCAAGUUGGAUCGUCUGGUUACGCUCAAUCUGAAUCACAAUAAUCUGACCUAUCUGCCCUUUGCCAUACGCCGUCUGCAGAAGCUGCGCUCGCUCCAUGUGUCUAGCAACAAGCUGGAAUCUCUGCCCGUUAGCAUUGAGGAUCUGCACAUUGAUCUGCUGGAUGUGUGGGGCAAUUGUUUCAAGGGUUUCAAUAUGGAAGCAGCCCGUAAACAAUUGAAACGCCCAACUGGCGGAUGCACGCCCGCGCAGCUUUGGCUGCAGGCGGCACGCACUGUGGCCAGCCAGAAGCUGCCCUAUUCGGAAAGCACACUGCCCGCCAUCCUCAUCGAACUCAUCUCAGAGGCGCCCACGUGCCUCUGCGGCAAGCUGUGCUAUGCGAUGGAAGCACGCGAUCUGCUGAAGCGCGUCAUGCAGCCCAAGUUCACCAAUAUCAAGAACUUGACCUACAGUCGCGAGCAUCAAAUCUACUCGGACGUUGUCAUCUGCGGCUCCAAUUGUGCUGCCUAUCAGCAGCUGAAGAGUCUAUUCACUCUACUCGUCCCUUGAUUUAGUCUAUUUCAUUUCAAUUUAUUUGUUGCCUGUUGUGAGAUGAGA